AUGGCUUUGGGCUGCUGCUGGCCUCGCCGGUCGGGUGUUCAAUGGACGCAGAUCCGAGUCGAUUCUGCUAUGGCUAUCCUUUCUUUCAUCCUCUCUUUCUCCACCCUCAUCCUCCCUGGCCGCGCUCACCAACACGGUAGCCAAUCACUUCGACGGACCACCAGCCGUACCCAAGGACCCAAAAUUACCAAGAUCUUGAAUUCUGAUAACCAACAAACAACAGCGGCUAUGUUGUUCAUGAAACUCUUGUUGAACUUUUUGGUUGCUGGUGUUGCUAUUGCCAGCGUAGUGCCAGCAGACAAAAGCGGAGCGGUCGCUGUAAAGAACGCUAAAGACGAGAUAGACGAGGAUGGCUCGGGCUCAGUCUUAGUAGAGUAUUCGAGCAGUGUGAAAUUUUCUAUCGAGAGCCAUUUCAACUUGAUUAUCCAGAGUUGCAGCACCGGCAAAUACCAGGUCGUCAUAAGCUCAUUAGAAGAGGUCUAUAAAAAGCUUCUCGAGUUGAACGAUGGAUGUCACAAAAGUUCCUUCGAGUUUGAUGAAGUGGUCGAAUUCUCCCACGAAUUUGUUAAAGUCUUACUGAAAUUUCAAGCAAUCCUUUUCAUCAUCAAGAGUCACCCCUUUAUUGCGGACAAAUGUGGUGCUACUCUGUUCAAAUGCGGUUAUGAAUUCAGCGAAAUCUUCAAGUUUAUUCUUAGCUAUAAGAUCGAUAUCCACGCCUUGACUAUUUCCGUUGGCAUAGAUUACAGCAUCUUCGGCGGGAUCGGUCAUGCUCAAUUCAACGUGGACAACGUCAGAAAUGAUAUUUUCAACGAUUUGCCAUUUGGUGACUAUCUGAUCACAAGUUUUUUCCCGACACCGUCUACACGUGUCCCCAAGUAUACUGCCUGUGCUUCCCACCGCGAGCACCAGGGCAUCUCCCCACGAGCGCGGUUUGAUGCCACUGACUCCAAUUCAUACACUGGAUCGAGCGCCAAUCGGAACUCAAGCGACGACUCGGCGCCGCAGUGCAGUUUUCACCAAAGUAUUUUCCAGGACACUACCAGCGGUAUCGCACCGACGGAAACGACUAGUACCGACCAUGGAAUCAAGAUCACGGACUGUUACGACGCUCUAGGUCACCUCUUGCACGAAAGAAAUGGAGCGUCGAUGUUUCAAAUGGAUGGUACUACAAAGAGAAAAUCUUGUGGCACCUGCCGAUUGCAAAUAGAAGCGAAAAAUACGAAGGAACUGUUCAUCCCCCUCAACAAGGUCAUAUUCGGAACUAGCCGGGACAGAUCAGGGGGUCUAAACGGGAUAUUUGAAGCAUGCCAUAAGAGGGGGGGCCAAAUCAUGUUACAACCUGAUGGAAUGUUGAAAAUUGCUAUCCGAAUCGAUGUAUCGAAGUCAGCGGCUAAUCGUGAUUGUAGUCUCAUCACAACUCAAACUUGA